GCGCUGGCGGCCACUGGGUUCCAGACUGAAAGGGUGGACUGCUCAUCCAUGCUCCUGCUGAAACGGAAUCUACACAUCCGAUGCAGGCUGGUAUGAGAACCACCGCCCUUUAUAUCCAUGACCACACCCAGUUGCCAAUUUUCAGCCGCCUCUGGGGGUCUGCAUCCGAACUUACUUUGACUUUCUGGCACAGAUUCGCUUGGGAAUAGAGAGUGAUAUCUCAUCAUGUUAAGUCCUUUGUCUGUGGCGCUUUUGGCGCUACCGGCGCUUCUCUUGUACCUAUACUAUGCACUCAGCUAUCGCCGGCUGAAGCAGUACGCUCACUUCCCUCAGCUGAAGCCUUCGGUGGUAUGGGGUCAUCUCAAGGCCAUAAACGAACAUCAUGUGAAGCGCAACGAGAAGGACUCUCAACUCGAUCCCACCAUGGGAGAUAUGCUCGAGGAAAUCGGUAAUCCUCCCAUCAUGCUUCUCGACCUUCGUCCAGUCAGCCGGCCUCUGCUGGUCAUCCGAAGCCAUGAGAUCGCGGAGCAGGUAUCAAGACAAUCAAAGAUGUGGCCCUACAGCGCACCGAAGUCCGACACCAUGAUGUAUCUCACACCGCUGCUAGGUGAGAAGUCAAUCGUAAUGUCUCAGGGCUCCGGAUGGAAAGACAUGAGAAAACACUUCAACCCUGGCUUCGCUCCCCAGCACCUCAUGAGUCUCAUGCCAGUGAUCUUAGAAAAGACACAGACUUUCCUCGCAAAACUUGACGAACUGGUUGUUACGGGUGAGGAGUUUGAGCUGGAGCCGUUGUGCACUAAUCUUACGUUCGAUAUCAUUGGCGCCGUGACGAUGGAUGUUGAUCUCAAUGCACAACUUCCAGAAGAUCAACAGGGAGACUUCAUUAAGGGGUACAAGGAGUUCUUGACCUCGUAUAGGGAGGGCAGUGGUAUACUCAAGUGGUGGGAGAAUCCGCAGCUGGGCAGGAAACGAAGGCGACUUGCCAAGUCUUGCAAUGUCUUCCUCGAGGAUGUCAUUCGUCGCAAAUUCAAUGAUGUGAAGCAGGACAAGCGGUCAUCUAGCCGCAGUAUUCUAGCUCUCAGCUUGAAAGACACGCAAGUCUUGACACAGGAUAUCAUCGACGGGACAAAGGAUCAACUGAAGACUUUCAUGUUCGCAGGGCAUGAUACCACCAGCAUCCUCUUGCAAUGGGCCUUUUACGAGUUAUCGCGGACGCCCCGAGCAAGGAAGAGCCUUCGAGCCGAACUAGAGAGCCUCUUUGGUCAGGACUUGAGCCCCGAAGUUGUCCGAGAAGCUCUACUCGCUAGGGGCGAGGAGAUCACACAGAAGAUGAUCUACACCUCGGCAGUCAUCAAGGAGAUUCUGCGCCUGUACCCACCAGCCGGAACUGCGCGCCUCUGUCCGCCGGGCGCAAACUUCCACCUGCAGUUGCCAGACAACAGCAGCCUCUGCGUCGAUGGGAUGGUCCUGUACAACUGCGCCACUCUCAUCCAGCGAGACCCUGACGUUUACGGAAGUACCAAAGAUGAUUUUGUACCCGAGCGAUGGCUCGGAAACACGGACACGUCGAUGGCGACGAACGACGAUGAGAAGAUGGGCAUCGGUAAAGCUGGCGAGAACGAAAUUCCUGCCGCGGCAUGGAGACCCUUUGAGAGGGGUCCUAGGAACUGCAUCGGACAGGAACUUGCCAACAUCGAGGCCAGAGUGAUUUUGGCUAGUGUCGUUGGCAAAUAUGUGUUUGAAAAGGUCGGUCUAGGAGAGGCUACGCUGGACGAGAAGAACCGCCCCAUCAUCAAUGAAAAGGGGCAAUACAGGUCCAAUACACAGCUUUACAACACGAGACAAAUUACGGCCCGACCGGUUGACAACAUGAGGGUCCGAGUGAAGCAUCAGGACCCAACGAGAGCCUGAGAUGUUACGGAAUCGUUGACGAGGUCUAGAAACAGCUAGUCUGCCGUGUAAGCAGAUACUGAACUAUCGAGGCGUCAGCUUGGUGUUAGUCUGGUGUUUUGACAAUGCCAGAAAUUAUAUACAUACAUGAGUUCAAGUUUGUUUGGUUAGAGAUAUGUUCAUAAACUGUAUCACGAUUCCUCGACUUAUGAUUUCAGCGUCUAGGCGCCAGGAACUUCAUCUCGUUUUACAGAGCGUUGAAUGGUGAACUCUACUAUUGGACAUUUGACAUUGAAUUUGGAAUACAAACUGGCCCUGGAUCUCACUCAUAACGUAACAUGAACUUAGGUGUAAAUUGUACUUGAGAG